AUGGCUCAGUUGAAGAACUGGUGUGUUGGAGAAGGCAUAGACCCGGUGAAAGCCUUGCUGGUUAAAGAUGUACCUCCAGAAACUGAAAUUGGUUUCAUUGAAGAAACGAUGCAGACAAUCAAAGUACUCGGGAGAGUCAAAGUGAGAGGAAGAAUGUAUGAUCCACAGUCUCAAAGUUUAACUGUGCUAUGUGAGUGCAGGGAGAAGGUGAAUACGGCCGCCAUUCCUCUUGAUGUUGUUCCUGAGGGGUCUGCUAUGACCUGGAGAAUCUUUGGACCUUCUGAGCAGGAGGAAGAACCCCAAGCUCAGGCAGCGGGUGAUAGUCAAGAUGUGCCGCAACAAGAUUCCAGUCUUUUUCCCCCACUGCAAGCCUCCACUCCUGAAGCUAUCAUUCGAGCGGUUGGUGAUAUCCUGCAAAUGACCAGUAAGCCCACACAUGGUGACAACAGCCUUUACAGAAGACUGCGCACAUUCUCAGGGGUCAUGCCCAUACCCCUGGGAGAAGAACAGUUGGAAAACUGGGUUGAACAAGCCAGACUUAUGAUUGAAGAAUGUGAUCGUCCUGAAAGAGAAAAGAAAAUGAGAAUAAUGGAAAGUGUAAAGGGUCCUGCACUUGAGAUCCUCCAAGCUGUCCGUUUCAACAACCCAUCUGCAACCUCUAGGGACUACAUUGACAUUCUUGAGACCACCUUUGGCAACCCUGAGAGUGGUGAAGAACUUUACUUUGCUUUCAGAAUGAUGUGUCAACACCCCAACGAGAAACUCUCUGAGUUCCUGAGAUGA